CGCACUGUGUUGAGCUGCGCACGGCGCCAUCAGAUCCGCGCAGAAAGCAAAUGCACCGCUCUGGACUGCCAGGACUUUCCUCUGAGCAGAAACACAUUCGUAUCUAUUCAGCAUCGAGGAUUCUUUACAUAACAUACGAGCAAGUUCUACACGCGUGCACGUGAGGAUUAUGAUGAGAUGAGGGAUGAUUCUGAGAUGCUUUGUGAGGCACCACUGCGGGAGGCUGGAGAAUCAUCGGCUUGACAGUGAACAGAUUUCCACGAGAUUCCCACGGAGCAGCCCGCCGGUGUGAUCGUGCACAUGGAGAGCUCGAUCCGCGGCGCGUGAACGCACACACUCGGAGAUCCCGCGAAACGCCAACUGGUUUUCAAAUUAUGGUGAACUGAGGGGAUUUAUUUAACACCUCAUAGUGUCCACAGCACGGACAUCUUCCUCAGUCAUCUUCAUCUUUGGCUGUAUAUAGGAUGCAGCAGGAAUGAUCCCGGUCCAGCGCGUUAAAGCUCAGCCUCAGCUGUGGCACGUGAGCGCCGAAGCUCCACCGUGGCUCUGGAUGGUCCCGACCACCACCGGGCUGUGCAGGGUGGGUUCUGCUCCUCCGGUGCUCAUCUCCUCUCGCCCUCCACCGGUGAUCCAGGCGGUCUCGGGAUGGCAGAUGUCCUGCGAUCCGUUCGUGCCUGUGAUGCGCGCCGCCGCCGCCGAGCCCGCGACCAUCAGUCAGUUCAGUCUGCCCAGUGUUCAGUGGGAGAUGCCGUCCAGGCCUCAUGUGUUGGGUUUCCAGCCUUCUGCUAGUGUGGAUCUGCUUCCGGUGUUUCCUCAUGUGUAUCGGACAAUCCUGCCACCGCACUACAGCAAAGGCUGGGUGGAAAAGCGACGUGUGCCUGACUACAAGUUUUAUCUAAACAACACUUUAGCUCUGGAGACCACCUGGAUAAGUCCUGAGGAAAUGGGAAUUUUCCAGCAUCAGGAAAAGCCACUGCUGAGGACGAAUCAAGCGGCGUUGAGCAUAUGUAGGCCAUCGGCAGCCUCCAGGAAUAUCCACACUCUUCUUCUGACACCCCGCCGCAUUUCAGGUUGUCCCAUGGCCAUUAAGCGAGUUGGAAGUUCUAAACGCGUCUCUCUGGCAGCAGAAGCCAUGAUGGCGAUGGAUUGUGACGUGACACAGGGACCAUCUGUCUCUUCUGCUCACCCGCUCCACCUGCUCUCGCUCUCGCCUAUCAAGCUUCCCUUUCUGAUGGCUCCUCAAGCAGGAAGACGUCGGCGCUGGGAGAAUUUGUUAGGACCUGUUCUUCCCUCUCAGAUCACUGCUGUGACUUCACUCGCUGCUCCUGGAGUUACUCUACUCACUGGAAACUGGAAGAAGCAGAGAACAGCGGAUAAGAUGCUGGAAUUAAAGAAGCCAUCCUGCACAAACGCCUUGGUGCUCCACCGCAAUCCAAACCCAGAGGCUAAAGCUGAGGAUGAGCCUUUCAAAGUCAGCAUGGACGAGGACAUUUUGCCCAAAGACAAGCGGCCAGUUGCAUCCACACCUAUACCUGGAUCACCAUGGUGUGUGGUGUGGACGGGUGACGACAGGGUGUUUUUCUUUAAUCCCACAAUGCAUUUGUCAGUAUGGGAGAAACCAGUGGAUCUGAAAGACCGUGGAGACCUCAAUCGAAUCAUUGAGGACCCGCCGCAUAAACGCAAGAAAGAUGACGACAGCUCCAAUUCUUCCUCCGGUGAUGAGGAGGACGACGAGGAACAUAAUUCAAAGUCCAAGCGCUACAAACUUGACCAUUCUGUUGACUGUGAUGAAGAUGGAAAAAACGGAUCAUCCCAUCGAAUGGUUUUACCAUUGGAGCUCCGGAUCGCUCAUUUCAGAGACAUGCUUCUGGAAAGAGGGGUGUCUGCAUUUUCCACCUGGGAGAAAGAACUGCACAAAGUUGUAUUUGAUCCACGAUACCUACUGCUAAAUCCAGAGCAACGCAAACAGAUUUAUGAUCAAUUUGUCAAAGCAAGAAUGAACGAGGAGCACAAAGAGAAAAAGUGCAAGCUCCAGCAAGCGAAAGAAGAAUACAAAAAACUACUGGAGGAGUCAAAAAUCACAUCCAAAUCAACGUUCAAAGACUUUUCAGAGAAGUAUGGGAAAGAUCCUCGAUUCAAACAGGUUCAGAAGAGGAAAGACCAGGAACUGUUUUUCAGUCAGUUCAUAAACACUCUGAAGAAGCGGGACAAGGAGAACAGAAUACGCCUGAGGAAGAUGAGAUGAGUGUUUGAACUCUCCACACUACUGUGAACUGAUUUCCUUUGACUGUUUAUCAAUGCGAAUGCACUGAUAGCAUCUGCCCAUUCGUCUGGCCAAAUGACAAGGGCAGCAGCGCUGUUUGCUUUACAGUGACGGACUAAGAAAACUGAACAAAUACACAAGCAGCUAAAGGCGAGCAGUGGUUUGGGAAUUAACUCUGCAUAUCUGAAUCUGUUUCAUAUUGAAGCUCUUAAUCUCCGGUUUCAGAAUAACAAGGUUUCUAAAUCAAUGCUGAACACGAACACAGAGUUUGACUCGAUAGAAGCAUCUAAAGCCAUUGACCUGUGCACACAGGCGGAAAAUGAUUUUUAUAAUAAUUGUAAAUAAGUGUUGACUUGCCUGGCGCUGUGCUCAAAGUGACCGUAGAAGUGAAACAUUUGUCAGAGUACGACACAGAUUCCCCAACGCAUCUGUGGGAAUCAGUAAGUGGUGUUGUGUAUCGGUAGAGUUUUUCCAAAUGUUGUCCAAUGGUUUGUUGUAGCUACAUUUGUCAUGAUAUCGUAAAAAUACUUUUUACAAAAAAAAUAUAUAUAUAUUGAUGUACAGCUGUGUGAAGCAAGUGGAUUCUGUUUACAGUCAAUAACAAAUUUAAUUGAAGGGACUGUUUAGAUGUUUGGCUGCGUUCAGUUUAUGGAAGUAUCAUUCAUUUGUAAGUAUGAUUAAAUAAAGGAUUUUAUUUUCUUUGUUA